AUGUUUGUCAAAUUUGAGAGACAUUCAGAUCGUGUAAAAAGUGUAUCUUUCCAUCCUCAUCGUCCUUGGGUGUUAAGUGCACUUCAUUCAGGUGUAAUAGAACUAAUUGAUUAUCGGAUGAAAAAGCGUAUAGCAACAUAUGAAGAUCACAAAGGUGCAGUUCGAUCAGUUUAAUUCCAUCCAUAAUUGAAUCUAUUUUGUUCUGGAGGAGAUGAUUAUACAGUAAGAGUAUGGAAUUUUAAAUCAUGUCAAUUUGUAUUGAAAGGACAUUUAGAUUAUGUAAGAUGUGUUACAUUCCAUCCAAUUAAUCCUUGGGUAUUAUCUGGAUCUGAUGAUUAAACAGCUAGAGUAUGGAAUUAUUAAAGCAGAUAAACUAUUGCUAUAUUAACAGGACAUACACAUUAUAUAAUGUCAUGUCAUUUCCAUCCAACUUAAGAUUUCAUAGUGACUUGUUCAUUAGAUUAAACAGCAAGAUUAUGGAAUUAUGGAGUACUUAAAUAAAGAUAUGCAUAAAAGAAGAAUCAAGAGUAUGUACUUUCUGGUGCUGAAGUAUAAGUAAUUGCAAUUAUGGAUGGACAUAAAGAUUAAUUAAAUUGGUGUGCUUUUCAUAAAUCUGAACCAUUUAUUAUAACAAGUGGUGAUGAUAAAAAUAUUAAAUUAUGGAAAUACAAUGAAAAUAAAGCAUGGGAAUUUGAUUCAUUUACAGGACACACUAAUAAUGUUUGUUGUGCUGAAUUUCAUUCAAAAGGAGAUGUCAUUAUUUCAGAUUCUGAAGAUCAUACUAUUAGAAUAUGGGAUUUUACUACUAGAAAAUAAAUUGCACUUUAUGAAAAUUAACAUUAUGAUAGAUAUUGGAUAGUAACUUGUCAUCCUAAUAAUUAUUAUUUUGCUUGUGGUUCUGAUACUAUGCUUUAAGUAUUUACAUUACAUAAAGAUCGUGUACCUAUUCUAUUAGUUAAUGAAAGAUAUUUAUGUAUGGCUGAAUAAAAAAUACUUAAAGUAAUUGAAUUGAAUUCUGAAUAAUAAUAAAUUAUAAGAGAUAUUUCUACUCUUAUUAUUCCAAAUCCAACUGUUCUUGAAGAUAAUAUAGAAUCAAUUGAUUACAAUACAUAUGAUACUUAAAAAACAUAAUUAAUGGUUAGAUGUAUAAGAUCUCUUAAAGAACCAAAUAAAUUAAAGAGACAUUUACUUAUUGCAUUUUAACCUUAGAAAGGUGAUUCUGGAGUUAAAUAAUUCCAUUCUAAAUCAGCUUGUUUUAUUGGAAAAAAUAAAAUUGCUCGUAUUAAUUAAGAAUCAAAAAUUGAAUUAUAUAAUUAUGAAACUGAUGCAGUCUCUUUAAUUGAUGAUAAAUAGGCUUCAAAAAUAUUUACUGCACCUGGAGGCAAACUAUUAAUUUAUAGAGAAAAUAUAAAUGAAAAUAAAAUGUAAAAUGUAUCAGAAAAUAGUUAUUUAGAAUUAUUUGAUCCACUAACAAAAUAAGGUAUACAUUAAAUUGAAUAUUCUAAUGCUAAAUAUGUUCAAUAUCAUGAUUCCUAUUUAAUUGUAUAAGGAAAAUUAUCAUUAACUAUUCUUACAAAAUAACUUUAAAAAUUAAUUGAAAUUCAAGAACAAAUUAAUAUUAAAUCAUUUAUUUGGGUUAAUAACUUUAUAAUCUAUACAACAAAAAGCCAAAUUAAAUAUUUAUUAUUAAAUGGUGACACUGGAGUAUUAAAAUCUACUGAAAAUAUUCUCUAUUUAGUGAAAGGAGAAGAAUAAUAGUAAAAUAAAUUAAAAUUAAUUUCAGUUGAUAACACUGCAUAAUAUAUAACAUAAGUAUUGGAUAUUCAAGAACCAUUAUUUAAAAUUGCCAUUUUAAAUAAGGAUCUUAAUGCAAUUCAUAAAUUUGUUGAGAAUAAUUAAAAUGAAGCUGUACUCUCUUACUUAUAUUAAAAAAGAUUAGCAUCUGUAGCUUUAAAAUUAGUCAAAGAUAAAUGGGGUAAUCAAAUAUUAUAUUAAUAAUAGCUAAAUUUUCAUUAUCUUUAGAUUCUGGUAAUUUGGAGUAAGCAUAUAAAGCUGCUAUAGAAAUCAAAGAUACUAAUUUAUUUGAAUAAUUAAGAUCAGAAGCUCUAAGAUAAGGUAAUAAUUUAUUGGUUGAUGUAUGUGACUAAUAACUUAAUUAAUUUGAUAGAUUGGCCUUUUUAUAUUUGUGUACUGGUAAUAUUGAAAAAUAAGAAAAAUUAUAAAACAUAUAACCUAAUUACAUAUAUUAAUCCUAAAUUUAGAAAUAAAAAUCUAUUAAAUAAAAUCUACCAAAAUUAGCUUAAAUUAUAGAUCAUCUUAAUGGAAAUAGUUAAAAAUUAGAUAAGAAUCAAUAAGAAACUAUUGAAUGGAUAAAAUCACUUGGUGGAAGUCAAACAUUAAUACCACCAAUUCCAAUAAUGAAAUAUAAAAAUGAUUCAUGGCCAUUGUAUUAAAUGAAUGAGUAAGAUAUAAUCAAUCUUGAAGUAACUGAAGAAUCAAUAGCACCAUAAGAUAUAUUCACUAUAUAAAAAUAAGUAAUAGAAGAAACACAAAUAGAAGAAUAAAUUAAUAAUGAUGGUUAAUGGGGAUUAGAAGAUGAACCAGAAGAAGAAUUCUUUGAACCUAAAGUAAUAUAGGAAAAGGAUAAAAAUAUUGAUUAAAAUGCAUUAAGGGGAGUAUUCUUGGAAUAAAAAGGAGAAGUAGCUAUUAAAUAUUUUGCUGCUGGUGAUUAUGAAACAGGGAUUAAGUUAUUAAAACAGCAAAUAAAUUUUAAUAAUCAAUAAUAAUUAUUGAAAUUAUUAACAGGAGUAACAUCUUUUUAAGUUGUAACUUCUAUUCCAUAUUUGAAUACUUCAACUUUACCAGUUAAAUUAAAUAGAUUGAAUGAAAUUAAGACUCUUAUCAAAUAAGGUAUUUAUAGCAUUAUUUUAUUAUAGGAUAUAAAUAUACAACCGACGCUAAAUUUGGAGAAGUUAGUAAUUGUUUCUAAUAGGUUUUAUAGAAAUUAUUACUAACAGAUUUUGAAUCAAAUCAAGUAGAGGAAAUCAAAAAGUACAUUAAUAUUAGUAGAAAUUAUAUGAUUGCAAUGAGAUGUGAUUCUCUAAAAAAAGAAAGUAAUGCUUUAGAAAUGGCUUGUAAGAUGGCUACAAUAGAAUUACAACCUUCCCAUAGAAUCUUAACAUUAAGAUAAGCCCUUAGUAUAAGUUAUAAAUAAAAGAAUUUUAUUACAUGCUAAUAAAUUGCUAAAAAACUUAUUGAAUUAUUGAAAAAUGAUACUACUCAAAAACCUGAAGUACUAUAAAAUGCAUAAAAAGUAAGAAUUAUUAUUUAUUAUUAGUAUGAGAAAGCAUCUUAAUAAUAAAAUACAAAUGCAAUAUAAAUAGAUUUCAAAGAAAAUUGGCUGAAUGAAUAGCCAAUCUAUUCUGUAGAUACACUUAAAAAUCUUUAAAAUUAUAAAUCAUGUCCAUAUGAUGGAAGUUCAUAUGAAAAUGAUUAUUCAUCGCUUUGUUUGAUUUGUGGAUUGUGUUAAGUUGGUAAGGCUCCUGGUUUAAAGAGUCUUCAAUAACCUUGAGU